GUGACGAUGACUACAAUAAGUAACAACGACGUACGUAGGUACGAACGAUUAUGAACUACCGAGUACCGACAGCAGUACUAAAACUGCAAUCAAAUCAUGCACAUUCACUUGAGCGUAGUUAAUAUCGUGUUAGGCUCCAUUCAUUAUUGUUGUUCGUACAAAUCGGCGUCUAUACUAAAUGUUAAGUGAAUUAAUAGAUUUUUAGGUGUUUACAUAAUAUUUAUCCAUUAUACAUUGACUUGUAAAUAAAAAUCCGCAAGUGCGCAUUUACUUAAAUUUGUUUAUGUUGUAUACAGUUGCAUCGAUCUUGGAGACUUGAAUGCAUCUUUAAAGGACAAAACAAGCUGAAAAGUCAAUCAUGGAGAUCUGUGGUAUAAUCGAUAUAAAAGUACCAGCUAAAGGUAGAAAAUUCGGUUCAUGGAAGGCAUGGAAAAGUCAAUGGUGCGAAGUACUCAAAAACGAAAAUCGUAUGAUCAUUAAUAUAGGACAUAGUAAGGGAAAUGUCACGUCGUGUUUAGCAGUACCUAACAAUGCAAUCAUCUACAGAAUUAAAUCCAGGACUAAAGCCUACGGUUUUGGAAUAUUUUAUGCAGGACAAAAGGAACAACAACCAUGUAUCUUUAUCGCAGGAAAAUCAGAAACAGAGUCACAAAAAUGGAUGAAAUCUAUAAGAGAUGUCCUAAAACCACCAACUACCAAUAUAAAGACAACAAACGAGUAUACUGUAUCGAUAAUUGACAACGAACAUUCUAAAGCGGCUGGUUUAACCGGCCUUUAUGGUACUUUAUCUGUAAAAUCAGAAGAAAUAUUGGUAACAGACCCUCACACGGGAAAAAUCAAAGUAACCCUUCAUUGGACACAAAUACAAUGUAGUUACUUGCCUUUGCCGGCUGUAUCGGACGAUUUACAUAGGGUUUGCACAAUACGUACAAACAGCAAGUUCAAAGCGGGUGAUGGUGAUUUAGAACUGUACUGCACCGAAGCUGACGAGUUGCACAACGAGCUGCUUUCGUGUCCGCGACCGUUGCCCAGGAUUGCCACUACGCCGUUGCCACCGACGCCCAAAGACAAGCAGACGCGCUACGACCAUUGGACCGCGGCCGAUUCGCCUUCGACGACGCCGCCUCGACGUCUGCUGGAGUCCAGACGAAUGAGCAGGAGCGAAGGCGAUCUGAAGAAGUUCGUCAUGCAACAUUCUGCACCCACGCUGCGGUCCGCCGGCUCACAACAACACCUCGUACUCGUGCCCCGGUGCAACGAUUUGCGGCAAAAGAGUUCGUCGCAUUUCCUGUUGACUAGCGUCGGAUUGUUGUUGGCCACACCAGGAUACAGUGAACCCAACUCGAUGCAAGACUUAAGGCAGAUCGACCAACACUUGCUGAGUAAACGUUUACAAGGCAUAAUGGAUGAAGAAAGCAUAGACGCCGAAGGGAUGAAGAGCGAGGAAGACGAGGAUUACGAAGAUAUGUUACAUACGAAUAUCGAAGAGACAAAUGAUGCACCGCCACCAUUACCGCCGAGACAACUGAAAUAUGUUACCAUGGCCAAUCUAGGAGGAAAUAACAAACUAUACAUUUCCGGACCAGUACCUAUAUGAUACACCUAUCUACAUUUAUAUAUAAAUAGAUAGUAUACUACUUAUGUAUAUAAAUAUAAAUAAAUAUAUCAUAAUAUAUAAUAUAUAUAUAAUAAACAAGUUUAUUAAUCAUAAGGAACAUUUUAUGGAAACCAUCGUCGUUCGACUGUUAGACGAUAAAUUCAAACAAAGCGGUUGAACAUUCGAAAACCUCUUAUUCAAAUACUUAUCAAACUGCGUGGCCCAAUGAAAGCUUGUGUGAGUAACCGUCGGACAUCGAUUGAAAAUAAUUUGGGUAAUUCGAAUAUGGGACGCAUAUGCGCGUGAAUGUCACAACUGGAUAGCGUGUGGUGUGACACACUAAUUGUUUAGUAUACAAACAUUAUUGUCACAGUUAUUAAUUCAGUACACCCGCAUGGCGCAUAUACAUAUAUUAUUGUUAACUUUAAGAUAUCAUGUAGAAAAAUUUUGAUUUAUUAUAUUUAAAAAAAAAAAAUUUGUGUACCCGAUAACAAUUAUUUCGACAUAACAGGACAAUAACUACAACUACUAUGGCGAAAAAUUUCCCGUACGCUUAUUAAGACAUUUCUUUUUCAGAAAAACUAAUAAGCUUUUUUACCAAUAACCAGUAUAACCUAUAUUAUAAUUAAAAUUAAAGUAAAAAAUAUUAUUGAUUAUUAUUGAAAAAUCAUCGCAUAUAUAUUUAAGUUAUUUAUUUUGUCUUACCUAGUUUUUCAUCAAUAGUAUUUUCACAUGUGAUUGUGUUAAUGCCAUAAUUGCAAAACAGUGGCGUAGCAUUUAAGUGACUCUAGAGUCUAUGGGUCUAUCGUCUAUGUAUAUAGGAGGCGGAGCCCCUUUAAACGCAGAAAUUAAAUUACUAAAUAAUGAUUUUCAGAAUUUUUCGUUAAGCAAAGAUAUGAAAAUGUAUUGGAAAAUACAUCAAAUGAUUAAUUAGUUGAUUAAUAUUUACUUUGUUUAAUGAACAUAAAAUUGUAACACCACCACUUCAAGAUGUUGGAAUUAUUUCCAUUUUAUAAUAAUAUAACACUAAACUCUCAAUGUAGUAUUAACGUAAUGGGCCCCGCUGAGAUGCAUACAUAGGUGCAUAUUAUAUAUUUUAUUUCUUAUAAUUUUGAUGUUAGACAAAUUAUUAUUUGUUUAAUUUUAAUGAGAGACGCAAUAAUGUGUAUACUUUAAAAUGUAAAGAUCGUUUUCAAAUAUGCCGAAUGUAACUAGUCCAACACAAUAUAAUGUAAUAUUUGUACCUAUAAGUACGAAUUAUACAUUAAUAAUAAUUAAAACAAUU